UGGUUUUUUCGCACUUUUUAAAGAUGAACUCAUACUGACAGCCCGCAAGUCGCCGUACUUAUGUAAACUACCAAAGAGUAGUGGUUAAUAGAAAGUAGACAACAUUAAAGGGAUCCGAACUGGUUUCGGCGAUUUUGUACAAAUGCAUUCAGCCGGUGAACAUCGGCUGAACCAAGAAUGCCUCAUGGAGCCCACAAUUGAAGACUGCGACACUAUUCUCUUAAGCUGGAGCUACAGCACGGAAAGCGGAACAUGCGACAAGGGCUUUGUCUGCGAAAACUGCGCGAACAGAUUUCAGACAAUGGAGCAAUGUAAGACAACCUGUCCUGGCAAGCCUGUACAAAAACCAGGAUGGGAAGGGAGACAACAUUGGGACUGCAGAAAGUGGCUUAUGCGUGGUAGCGGCUGUCAGCAACUCUGGUUUGAAACUGGGAAGAACAGGUUUGGACUAAUAAGCCAACUGCUCUAUUACUCCGGGUGCGGACCAGACAGAAAGAAUAUAUAUCAAUACGACUUCGAGGCAAAGAAAUGUUAUGCUGUGAGCGAGCCCCCACCUAAACAAGUUCACCAGAAAACCAACGAAGCAGAAGGAUCCAAAGCGGAGGCUCACGAGGCAAGACGACGACUUCAACAAAUUAUGGAAAAUGGAACGCUGCCACCUUCGAUAUCCUGAACAGCAGACUGACCCUCAUGUGCAUCGGCACGAGUGAGAUUUUGCUAAAUAAAUGACCCACAUUUCAUGAUUCUUUGCGCAUAGCGCGAUGUCCUCUGGCACUCCACAUUGAAAACUCUGUACGCGUAGAGCAUUGAAUAUAACAUUCCCUUCGUAGGGUUUCGAUGUCCAACGGCAUCUUUAUAAGCACAAAAUAAAGUAUC